GCGCGGGAACAUGGCGGCGUCCAGGUAGAGGGCGUGAGGGGGACCGAGUUGGCAUGGCGCUGGCGUCGGGGCCCGCGAGGCGGGCGCUGGUUCGCCCUGCGCGGCUCGGCCUCGGGGACUGCGGGGCCCCGGCACGCGGGGCGUACGAGUGGGGCGUGCGCUCCACGCGGAAGCCCGAGCCUCGGCCCCUGAACAGGGUGUACGACAUCCCCGGACUGGAGCCCAUCACCUACGCGGGGAAGAUGCACUUCAUGCCCGGCCUGGCGCGGCCGGUCUUCCCGCCCUGGGACCCUGGUUGGACGCACCCAAAGUUCCGCCGCCCGACUCCGGUUCACGAGCAGCCGCUGUACAAGGAUCGGGUCUGCUACGUCUUCCACCAGCGCUGCCGCCUCCUGGAGGGUGUGAAGCAGGCCCUCUGGCUUACCAAGGCCAAGUUAAUAGAAGGCCUUCCUGAGAAAGUGCUUAGCUUGGUCAGUGAUCCAAAGAACUAUAUAGAGAACCAAGAUGAACGCGUUCUGAAUGUGAUCUCUCAUGCCCGUCUCUGGCACUCCACUGAAGACACCCCCAAGAGAGAGGCCUACUGUCCAGUCAUCGUGGACAGUCUGAUACAGCUGUGUAAAUCCCAGAUUCUCAAGCAUCCCUCUCUGACAAGGCGGAUCUAUGCCAAAAACUACACGUUUUCUACUACCUGGAAUCGAGAGUCUUUUCUCCUUCAGGUCUGUGGUCCUAGUGGAGCCCGACUGAACAGCAAGGAUCCGCUGCCUGCCAUUGCCUCCAGAGAGGAGGUGGAAGCUACAAAAAAUCAUAUUCUUGAGGCCUUCUAUCCCAUAUCUCCCACUAUUGACCUUCAGGAAUGCAAUGUUUAUGACGUGGAAGACAACACGGGAUUCCAGGAGGGUUAUCCUUACCCCUACCCCCACACCUUGUAUUUCCUGGAGACAGCAAAUUUACGACCACACCGCUUUCGACCAGACCAGCUGCGAGCCAAGAUGAUCCUGUUUGCAUUUGGCAAUGCCCUGGUUCAGGCCCGGCGCCUUUAUGGGAACCACACUAAGGUUUUGGAGCAGCCGGUUGUUGUGCAGAGUGUGGGCACCGAUGGACGCGUCUUCCAGUUCCUGGUUUUACAGCUGAACACCACAGACCUGGCGUCUAACGACGGCAUCAAGAAUCUGGUCUGGGUGGACUCGGACCAGCUCCUCUAUCAGCAUUUUUGGUGUCGCCCAGUGAUCAAAAAGAAAGUGGUUGUGGAACCUGUUGGGCCAACUGGUUUCCAGCCAGAGACGUUCAGGAAGUUUUUAGCUCUGUAUUUGCAUGGUGCUGUGUAAGCCAAGGACCGACCUGAGGUCUGAAGCCCCCUCGUCCCCCUUCACGCAGAAGAUCCUGCCUCUAGAGCAGUGCUGGGCCUGCCGGAACCUCAGUGCUCCUCCAGCCUGCUGGUCUGGCUGCCAAUAAAGAGCGCUUCUGGGGCCCUGGAGCCCGUGCCUGGUGUGGGGAGCUGUCAGGAAGGGCGCCCGUAGCUGCACAGCGGCUACACCGUGAGCCUGCCUGCGUGUGCGUGCGGCCCUGGGGCCUGACCUGGCCCACCCUAAGCCCUCCCUGCCCACGGCCCAUCUUGACUAUAGAUAAGAAUCUUUGUCUCUGGAUUUCAUCUUCUUCACCUGAAACUUGAGGUUAACAUGAACUACCUUGUUUCGAAGCCCGUAGAUGAUGUAUGUGUAGCAUCUGCCACGUGAUACGCUCUCUCUGAUGCCUGCUGGGUUCCCCUGGGACUCGGAAUUGCGGGCACAUUCCAUAAUGACUGCAGGGAACCUGCAUAGAACAUGCAUUGUAGAUUUCUCCCUGGUAUUCGGGUUAACAGAGCAAGUCCAUCCCUG